AUGGAGUUGAGCUCCGCGUCCCAACCUUCAGGUGACCCCGCGCGGUGGCGGCAGAGGCAGCGGCGGCUGCAGCGACCAGAGCCCGCAGCAGCUAGGAGCGCCUCCGGGAGGACAGGCGGCGAGCUCGUGUGCGUGGCUACGGCCGUGGUGGCGGCGGCGGCGGCAGCGGCGGGAGUAGCGAGCUGGGGCCGCCCCGGCUACGCUUCGCCCGGGCAUCGGCGGCGGCGGCGGCGCCCAUGGCUCAGGGUACGGCCAGGGUGCGCGCUGCUCUCCCUGCUCUCCAGCCUGCUACUACUGCUGCUGCUGCGCCUGCUUUGGUGCCCCAUCGACGCGCCCGCCCGCUCCAGGCUUUUGGUGGACGAAAUCGAGGAGGAUCCCCAGGGCACCUCCCCAGCGCUGAGGAUGCUCAGGAGCCCCGCGCCCCCGGUACCGCGCACCACGAACAGCACAUAUCUGGAUGAGAAGUCACUCCAACUGACAGAGAAAUGCAAAAAUCUGCAAUCUGACCUCAAUUCUUUAUCUAACAGAACGAAAAGACAAAAAGAGGAUGAUUACCUUCAGAUCAUCACAGAUAUCCAGAACUGUCCGUGGAAACGACAAGCAGAAGAAUAUGAAAAUUUCAGAGCAAAACUUACUUCCUGUUGUGAUGCUAUUCAAAACUUCGUGGUUUCUCAAAAUAACACUCCUGUUGGAACUAACAUGAGCUACGAGGUGGAAAGUAAAAGAACAAUCCCGAUCGGAGAGAACAUUUUUCAUAUGCUUCCUGCGUCCCAGCCCUUUGUGGAGUAUCCUUAUAACCAGUGUGCCGUGGUUGGAAAUGGGGGGAUUCUGAAUAACUCUCUCUGCGGAACUGAAAUAGAUAAAUUUGACUUUGUUUUUAGGUGUAACAUCCCUCCAACCAACGGAAAUGUUAGUCAAGAUGUUGGCAGUAAAACCAGUCUUGUGACUAUAAAUCCCAGUAUAAUAAUGCUAAAAUACCAGAACUUAAAGAAGAAAGCAGAAUUUCUGCAGGAUAUUGCAACCUACGGAGACACGUUCCUUCUUCUGCCAGCCUUUUCCUACAGGGCAAACACUGGCCCCUCCUUAAAAGUGUACCACACACUCAGAGAGUCUAAAGCAAGACAGAAGGUUCUCUUUUUCCAUCCCAAGUACCUGAAACAGCUUGGCCUUUUCUGGAGAACUAAAGGUGUGGAUGCAUACCGCUUGUCUACCGGCUUGAUGAUCGCAAGUGUCGCAGUGGAAAUGUGUGAAAAUGUGAAGCUGUAUGGGUUUUGGCCCUUCUCUAAGACCGUGGAGAACACACCUGUCAGCCAUCACUACUAUGACAAUAAGUUGCCUAAGCGCGGUUUCCAUAAGAUGCCCAAAGAAUAUAGCCAGUUCCUCCACCUUCACAUGAAAGGCAUCAUCAAACUACAAUUUGGCAAAUGUGAAACAUAGCUUAAACAAAGUUUCUUAAAAUGAGAAUAAUUCUUGUGUAAUGCAGUAGGUGAGUAACUGUUUCCAAAUGCAAAAGGAGGCUGAUAUCCAGUAUCCUAGGAAGAUCUCCAAAACUUGGAUUAACCAAAGCUCCCCCACUAACUUUGCAACCUCCACAAGUCAUUCAAGCAUUCGCAUCUUAAAUUUCCUUCCCUAUUAAGUAGGGGUCAUGAUAUAUGGCUCAUGCAAGUGAAUCGGGUGAAUUUGCAAAAAUUCUUGGCAGGGCAAUUGGUGUGAGAUAGGGACUCUAGGACUAUUUUCUUGUUUGUAUUUACUAUACAUUUCUCCCCUCACCAGACUGAUUAUGAAAGGUAUGUUCUCUUGGAGGUCCUUUCUGAAAAGAAUAGCUGAAUUGCCAGUAUCCAUGGGGUUGGUUUCUCUUUAUUAAUAAUAGAUUCUCUUUAUUAAUAACAUCCUUCCCAUUUUUCUGUCUUCAAGCGUGCAUACAACAAAAUUAUGUAGUUAAGCAAGAAAUCAUUCAUUAAUCAGGAAUGAAAUUAUUUUCUUUGAAUGGCCAACAGUAUGCCUGCUUAUGAUUAAAUUCACCUGUGAUAUCACCAGUGCUGGUGGGGUUGGAUUUGGGCCUUUUCUUUUCUUCCUUUAUCUACAUGCUUAAUCACUGUUUAUGAUUUUAUAUUAACAUCCUGCUUCACCCUUAAGCCUUUUUCUCUUCCACUACAAGAUCUAUUUCAAGAACAUGAAUAGUUAAAAUACCCAGUCUUUCUUACCCGUUGUCUGUAGGAGUCACUCAAUUUUAAGAAAAUAUUAAACAGCUAUUUCAUGCCAGGCCCUGUACGAGGCUUUGUGGGAGGGAUAUAAAGAUGUCUGCCCUAGUAGGAGGAAGCAGGUGUGUGUAUCAACUGACCUGAUACAAUAAAUGUUAUGUCAACAGUUAUAAGAAAAGUGCUAGAAGGAUCAUAGUCAGGAAUAAUUAAAUCUAUUUCAGUAGAAUCUAUUUCAGAGAUUAUUAGUUGAUUUCAGAAUUAAAAGUAAAAAUGAAUAAGUUUUUACCAAAUGAAGAAGAUUCUAGGCAGAGGGAACAUGAGAUGAUGAGAAUAUUUGAAUGUAGAUCAUAGUUUUUGCCUCCCAAAAAAAAUGCCAAAUGAGGAGAAGGUACAGUGUAUGAGGUGGGUGGCUUGGGCCUACGUCUGUAAAAUGAAAAUAAGUCAGACCUGACCAGUUUCACAGGAAUGCAUUAGGAUGACAACACCCAAAACUUGCCAUGCUCACAUGGAAAGAUGUUAUGCCUACAUGAGAAAUGAGGCUAAUAGUUUAUCCAUUGUUAAAAAAUAAAACUUAAGUGGAUAUUGCAUAUUUGCAUUUUCACACCAUUCCAUUAUGAGGAUUUCUGCUAAGCUAAGUCCACUGAAUAAGUUAUUUGGCUUACUAAGGAAUCACAAGCAUAUACUCCUGCUCAUCAUUGUACCUUCUGCAAGAAGACUGGAAAUAGACCAGGUUAGAAUGACAAAAUAAUUAUAAAUAUAAUCUAUGAAUUAUUAUAUGAGCCAGAUGAUUGUUUGGUUAAAUGUCCACUUUUAAGAACACUGUGCUGAAUCUUUAUACUUGACGGUUUGGGUUAUUUUGAGUUCAUAUUUAAAUUCGUCCCUCUAUAGUAAAUGAAAUUUGUUACCUUUAUAAAAUUGAUGAAAAUUUCAUAUAUAAAUAUUUUUCAAAUGGAAAAUGCUUUUUGUUACGUAAAUUCUAAUUUAUUUUUGUUUCUUUCCUUUUGUGGUGAUCGUGUGGCUUUUUUCUAUUGUUCCUAAUAGAUUUAAUUAACAGGUUUUAAGUAACCUAUUAGCUGCAUCAGUAAUGAUUCAAUCAUGAUACUAGCAAUGGAUUCAGAAUAGAUCAGAACACUCUAGUAUUUUACAGUUAGUAAAAUGUUUUUCUCAGAAUAUUUUAUGGCAAGUAGAAAUAAACUAUUUUUGAUGAUAUUGGAAAUACAUGAUUGCUGAGUUAAAAGAAUAUAUUGAAGUAAAUUAUUAAAUACACAAUGUGGGAUCUUUACAUAUUACUUAAUAAAAAUUACAUAUGAUUUGGA